AUGGCUUGGCUAUCAACGCACGCCGAGAGUCGCCGCCGCGGCCGCUCUGUUUCGGGCGGGGGAGGAGGGAGGGAGGGGGCGGGGAAGGCCGCACCGCCGCGUUCGGGAGCCGCCGCCGGAUCCCACGCAGCCUCCAGCUGUCGGGGAAACUCCUGCCUGGGCGCACGUGACCCGCGCCCGCCAACCAGCAGCCGCGCCGGAGACUUCAAACGCGGCCAGCGCGGCCCAGCACCCGCGGCGAGUUGGCCGGCAGGCGGUACGGGGGUGGCCGCGGUGGCCGUGGCUGCCUCGGGCGCCGGCGCCGCCUCUCCGCGCUGUUCCCCCGUUGCCCCCUCCGUACUCCCGGCUGCUGGGGACUGCCUCGCGCUCCAGAGCCCCUCUGAGGAGGAAAACGUCUGUCCCACCGACUGGCAGGGGAUGCUCCGUCAUCCCGUGCGAAGCCUGGUCCAAGGUAGGGCCGGCCGGCGUUCGGAGGCCUGUCCAGGUCUGGACAGAAGUGCCAGCCCGGGGUCUCCAGGUUUACAUCCAGUCCGAAUUCAUGUAAAAUGAUAAUUUUAUAGCUAAACUACAUACGAAAUAAUACAGUCAGAAGCCCAGGAUUCUCAGCCUGCUUCUCCUGUUUCUUAGCUAAUAGACCUUGGAAGUAUUGCUUAAUUUCUGUAAUUCUCAACGUUUCAUAUUCUGAAUGGCAUCUAUAUGAGAUUGUUGUGCGAUCAAUAAUAAAAUAACAUUUUUUG